UGUUGAGUUCAACUUAAAAUGUAAUUUGAUAAAAACAAAUAUUUUCAAAUAUAUACUUAAAAAAACAGAGCUUUUGUUAACUGAUCUAUGGUUUCACUUUUUACAGUGUAUAUAAACGGACCAAAACUUCAGAAGUUUCCCCCCAAAGUUUCAUCUUCCCUUGUGUUGUGUUCAUCCGUGGGUUUUUCUGCAGACGUGCUGCCACAGCCAUGUGACUCAUACUUCACACUCUGACCACACAGUUAACAAGCAGGCGAUGGCUCCGCCCACCGCUCCGGUUCAUCACUUUCCGAUUAUCCUGUGACCUGCUCUCCUUUCAUCCGGCAGGACCGAAAAUGCUCGGAUUUGACACCAAAAUGACCCCGACCUCCUCUCCAUCAGGAUACACAUUAUAAAGUGCUGAUCGGGUUUUUGGCUCCUUGAAAAGACGCAGAAACUUAUUCCACCAAUAGGGGGCGGCGUUCACUCUAGUCAGGUUGGCUUCUCGGCUUUUAAGGAAAGUUAAAGGAGAGAGUGGAACUCAGUCAGACGAGGAUGGCUCCCCGGAGGAUGGAAACCAAACCGGCGAUCGUGUGCAUGAAGACGCUGCUGCUGCUCUACUCCUUCGUCUUCUGGGUGACAGGCAUGGUCUUGCUGUCGGUGGGUCUGUGGUGGAAGUUCAUGUUGGGUCCCUACACCCUGCUGAUCUCCAAUGGCCCGUCCAACGCUCCCUACAUGCUCACGGGCGCCGGCGCCGCCAUCGUGCUGUUCGGACUGUUUGGCUGCUUUGCCACCUGCAGGGGGCGCCCCUGGAUGCUGAAAUUGUACGCCGCUCUUUUGUCUCUCGUGUUCAUAAUCGAGCUCACCGCGGGAAUCUCCGGAUUUGUAUUUCGUCAUGAGGUUAAAGAGACCUUCUUCAUCACAUUCAGAGAGGCGGUGAUCAGAUACGAUGGUCGUGACGACAAGAGCGUCGCUGUGGAUGAUGUUCAGCGCAAACUGCACUGUUGUGGAGUGUCUAACUACACCAGCUGGUUCAGCACUCUGUAUUUUUCUGUCAGCGGCAUUCCAACCAGCUGCUGCAUUAGCUUCUCCAACUGCAACAAGGAGGACUUGAAGAACGCGACGCUGGCUGCAGGAAAAGUCCACAAGCAGGGUUGUUUCGAGCUGGUGGUCUCCUUCCUUGAGAACAACGUUGGAAUCAUCGCUGGAGUCACUUUCGGCAUCGCCUUCUCUCAGGUGGUGGGGAUGUGUCUGGCCUGCUGCCUCUCCCACUUCAUCAGCUCGUACCAGUAUGAGAUGGUGUGACGGAAAACAUCCUGAUUUGGGUCACUUGAACCCACAUGCUGGUGUCAUCAUUUCCUGUUUCUUUUAAGAGUUUGUUUCUUCUUUCUUUUGGUAAUAAUUCUCCUCUGACCAGAACGCCUACUGGAUGGUACAUAACAGACCAGCAGAGGACGUCCUCACUUCCUGGACUUGAGCAGAUCCAAACUGAAACAAUCUGUUUAUGUUGGAUAAUAAACGUGUUUUCGAGUGGUGGA